AUGCCGGCUGCUGCUAUCAACACCGCCGAAGCUCCGGUGCCUGCUGCCGUCGAGGCUCAAGCCAACGUCGAGCAGGCCUCAAAUGUGUCGUUUGACCCUGUAGCGCUCAAGGCGAAGUACCUCGAAGAGAGGGAUAUCCGUAUCGCGAGGGGUGGCGGAAACACGCAGUACAAAUUCCUCGAUGGGGCCUCCUCGAAGUACUUGAAGGACCCGUGGACAGGAAAUGAUACGCAGAGAGAGCCGGUCGUAGAAGAGACGGAAGUGGUGAUCGUGGGUGCCGGAUAUGGUGCUCAGCUUAUUGCCACGGAGUUGCAGAAGGUUGGCGUGACCGACUUUCGGAUGAUUGACAAGGCUGGUGACUUUGGUGGCACUUGGUACUGGAACCGCUACCCUGGCGCUCAGUGCGAUAUCGAAUCCUACAUCUACAUGCCCCUGCUCGAAGAGACAGGCUACAUGCCUACGGAGAAGUACGCUCACCAGGACGAGUUGCUGGAGCACGCGCAAAGGAUCGGCAAGCACUUCGGCCUAUACGAGCGUGCCCUCUUCGAGACAGAGGUCAAGGAGAUGCGCUGGAACGAAGAUGAGAGCAAGUGGCUCACGACGACAUCGCGCGGCGACAAAAUAACCUCCCGCUUCGUCAUCCCUGCCGCUGGUCCCCUCCACAAGCCCAAGCUGCCGGGCAUCAAGGGUCUCGAUUCAUUCAAGGGCCACACCUUUCACACAUCGCGAUGGGACUUCGAUUACACUGGGGGCGACGUCAGUGGAGGUCUAGUAAACCUCCAGGACAAGCGUGUCGCCAUCAUCGGCACUGGCGCUACCUCCGUACAAAUCGUCCCUCGCGUUGGCGAAUACGCAAAGGAACUCUAUGUCUUUCAGCGCACGCCCUCCUCAAUCGAUGUCCGCAAUAACCAGUCUACCGACGAGACGUGGUUCAAAGGCCUCGAACCCGGCUGGCAAAAGAAGCGCAUGCAGAACUUCAACCGACUAAUCAACGGCGCCGAGCGCGAUGUCGACCUCGUAAACGACAGCUGGACCUCCGUCGGCCGCAUCCUCAUGGAAAACCCCCUCGACUGGUCCGACCCCGUCGCAGCCGGCACCCGCUUCCAAAUGAUCGACUUCGAGAAAAUGGAAGCCGUCCGCCACCGCGCCUCCACCAUCGUCAAACACCAACCCACCGCCGAGUCCCUCAAAGCCUACUACAACCGCUUCUGCAAGCGCCCCUGCUUCCACGACGAGUACCUCCAGACCUUCAACCGCCCCUCAGUGCACCUCAUCGAUACCCGUGGCGCGGGCGUCGACGCCCUCACCCCAACCUCCAUCGUGUCGCAAGGAAAAGAAUACCCCGUCGACGCCGUCAUCUUCUCCACCGGCUUCGAAACUUCAAAUGACUGGUCCCACAAAACGGGCAUCACCAUGCUCGGCCGCGACACCUCCAUCACCGAGAAAUGGAAGAACGGCCUGUCUACCCUCCACGGCUCCCUCGUCCGCGGUUUCCCCAACGCCUUCUUCGUGCAGUACUUCCAGGCUGCGUUGACCUUCAAUCUCAUGCACGUCACAGGCGAGCAGGCGCAGCACUUUGCGCACAUCAUCGCGGCCGCCAAAGCUCAGAACAUCCGCAGCGUGGAGCCCACGCAAGAGGCGGAGGACGGCUGGGUCAACACCAUUGUUCAAGGUGCGGCGGGCAUGGCGCAGUUCUUUGGGGAUUGCACGCCGGGGUAUUAUAAUAAUGAGGGGACUGUUAGUGAGGCUGGUGCGAAGAUGGCGGGGUAUCCGCAGGGGGCGGAUGCGUUUUUCCAAUUGCUGGCGGAUUGGAGGGCGGAGGGGAGGUUGGAGGGGUUGGAGAAGAAGUUUUAUGGGAAUGCACCGUAG